GCGCCCAGGUACUGCAUUUUGAUUUUAUUUUGUGUUCUUUGAUAUAUCGAUGACCUUUGGAUUAGUCCUGAAUUUCCGCUAAAACAUAUCUUCUGUCUAGAAGACAUCUGCAUCAUGAGCAAUUCCGAUACAAAUAACAUCCUCCAGCUUCCGAACCCCGCUCAUAUCCAAGCGGACUCGAUGCUGGCGCGGCGUUUCGGCAGGGAGACUGUGAACUACUUCGGAGGUACUCAGGCAUUCGCCAUUGAGUUCUAAGACUGUACUAAACAUACAUAUCGUCAGGCUCUCCGUUGAAUCGCCUCUCGUUUCUGCGAACGGACCAUGCAUUUCUCAGCGCAGCUGUGAAGCAUCCCUCCGCCCGUUUCGUUCUACUCAAAGACCUGUCUCCCUUGAUUAAGGGUCCUAAUUCGUUAUACCAUGCCGAGUACAAGGACGUUCAGAAGCUAGUCCCUCCGACCAUUUUUGAUAAAUCCGAAGAGGACAUGUUGAAGGAGUUUGAUUCGCGCAUUACGAAACCAGAAUUGAUCUUCCUAGGCGUUGACGAGAGUGCUGCAGCUAGUGUGCAGACCGGCGAGGAAUUGUUACAAUGGACUAUCUAUAAGGGUCGGCCUUAUUUUGCGCUGGAUGUCAGCGAGAAAGGUACCGACGAGCAGAAGGCUGAAGCCAAGUCGGUAGUUGAGGAGCUUGCGGCAAGAGGGAUUACGCCAUUUACUACACGACAACACUUGCUGCAACCUCCAACUGACGGUGCUAUAUACGCCCAAGCGCGUGCUUAUAUGGAUUGGAAUAGUCGCAAUAAAUUCUGUGGAACAUGCGGUCAUCGCACUCUUUCUAUCAACGCCGGCACAAAACGUGCAUGCCCACCCACUGAUCAGGCACUGGCUGCAGAGGGCAAGAGCCCAGAAAAAGGGCCAUGCCCAACUCGCACAACCAUCUCCAACCUUUCGUUCCCUCGAACCGACCCUACUAUUAUUGUUGCCACUCUUUCCGCUGACGGAAAACGACUAUUACUCGGCCGCUCGAAACGUUUCCCACCAAAUUGGUACUCGACUCUGGCUGGUUUUAUUGAACCUGGUGAGUCCGUUGAGGACGCUGUGCGUCGUGAGGUCUGGGAAGAAGCUGGCGUAACCUUAUCGCGAGUCGUUAUCCACUCCACACAGCCCUGGCCAUACCCUGCCAAUCUGAUGAUUGGAGCCAUUGCGCAAGUCAGCGACCCUGCGCAUGAAGUUAUCAACCUCGAGCAUGACCCGGAACUGGAAGAUGCAAAAUGGUUCUCUAUUGCUGAAGUCGAAGAAGCAUUGAAAAAUGGUGCCGGCAUGCUUGGCGAACCUCCAAGCAAGGAAUAUGUCGAGGGCAAUCUGCGACUGCCCCCGGUCACGGCUAUAGCUAAUCAGUUGAUACAAGCGGCUAUCAAUCAGGAAUAUGUUGGCGACAAACUUGCCAAGAUGUAAUACCGGAUGUACAUAGAUGGUCCGUUUACUAGAGAGCUUCUUGAUGUUCAAUAGACUCGUUUAAUAUUGUGCAUAGACCAAUCGACUAUGUGCAAGAAAUUUAUCUAUCUUCAAAGGCUUACGUAGGCACUUAGUAACUGGAAGGUUUCGAGGCCAAUCUGCCACCAUCCGAGAUGACAAUAGUCCCGUUAAGAUACCCACCACUAGCACCAGCCAUAAACAAAACAAGCCCAGCAAUAUCCUGCUCUGAUCCAAGCCUCGUCAAUGGAACAGCAGUCUUUGGCGCAUCACCUUCCGUAACACCAUGCUGAGUCCCAAAUUCCCGAAGCCUGCCAGUAGUCAUCUCACUUGGAUAGAUUCCCGGCGCGAUACCGUUGACACGAAUUUGAUAAUUGAGUAGAUUAUUCGACCACAUUUUGAUAAGUGAAUUCACGGCUGCCUUGGAAGCUUGAUAGGCAAACCCCGAAACGAUUUCGCGCAUGAAUCCCGCAAUAGAGGAAGUGAUGAUAAUCUGAGGUCGGGGAGGACUCAAGAUACCGCUAUUGGGCACUUGGGGUGGACGACGCUUGUUUGCUGCGUCUAAAAGCGGUAGGAAAGCGACGACCGUGAAAUGGGCACCGGUUGCAUUGACGUGGAAGGUGUGAGUCAUUUCUUUCGGAUCAAUUGACCAGAGACUCUCUCUGUAUUUCUCCAACGGAACGGUUUCGCCAUCCUCCGUUACAUUGCGUGCGUUUGCCGGACCGAUUAUGCCGCUGUUCGCGAUGAGGAGGUCAA